AUGGCCGCCUCCGUGUCCGACGUGCACCUCUUGGAGAGCGGUGAAGCUCCGGUCUCCCGCGCGGCGGCGCUUGGCCGGGCCUGCACCGAGGAGCUCGUCUGGGUCUGGCGUGAGUCGGAGGACCUGAUGGUGGAGUUCGCGGUGCACGUGCCCUGCUGGGCCUCCAUCGAGCGUUCCGAGCUGCUACGAAGGCGGUACCUGCGGUGGAACCCUUUGUGGUGGUUCAGCAUCCUGGGCUGCGCCGUGUGCAUCCUGCUGGGCCACGGUUUCCACGCCGCCUGCUGCCAGGGCGCCCCCGUGCGCGCGGACGAGUUGGAGGUGGAGCGGAGGGCCCGGGUGUGGUGGGUCUACUGCUACUCUGGAGGCUUCGUGGGGACGGUGCUCACGGAUCUCAUCGCGCUGGUCAUGGCGGUGGUCGGGAACAAGGAUGCAGAGGAGCGAAACAGGACCAUCCGCUCAUGCCAAGUGGCCAUUUUGAUUCAGCUGUGGUACAUGAUCGGCGACUGGAAUUUGCUCUUUCGCAUGAGCCGCAAAGACACCGUUCUCAUGCACGCGGCCGCCAUCAGUCGUGUGACCUUUGGAGCAGCCUUUCUUGUGGCGUUCUGCAUCGGGCUGCUGACCCCGGCGGGGCAGGCGGCCUUUGAGCACUGGGCGGAGGGUUUGCCGGAGGCUGGCGCCAAGCCGCCGCCACCGCCGCCCCGGGAGACGGCUGUGACCUGGGUGAUCCGCCUGGUCUUCUGCGCCUUCAUGGUGGUGGCUUACCUCGGCUACACGCCCCUGCUGCGCCUGGACUACCACCAGGCAGAUGAGGACACGCAGCGGGAGCACUGCCGGGGCAUUUGGAAGCUCAAGGUGGCGCUUGUCGCAGGGGUGCUGAUGGUGGCGGUGGAGGGCUUCAUGUUCUCUAGGGGCCCCGGCUUGUGGAUGCUGGCGGCGCAACCCUUCUUUGUGCUGGGCACCGCCUAUCUCAUGGAGGACGGCAAGCUGAGCUGGAAGCGAUUCCUGGCGGCUCUGGGCUCGCUGCUGCCCUUUGUGGUGGUGGGCAGCGGCUUCGCCUCCUGCGGUCCAGCGUUGUGGGAGAUCCUCGCGGGCAAGUGA